ACCCGAACACGCUGUGUCGACAAUGGCGGCGUCGUACAGCAGACUGCUUGAUCUGGUCAAGGUCCAAUGUCGGAUCUUCUCGCUGAACUUUAAUCCCGAGAGGAUGCGAUUAGGAAACAAGAUCCUACGACAGCGUCUGCGUGGCCCGGCACUUGCAGCAUGGUACCCGAGGAAGACCGUCUCAUUCCGCGACUUGCAGGACACGUACAGCCGCUCAGGUCUAACAAUGUUCGAUGAGGCUGAGGAUGAUCGCGAGGAAGCAAUCCAAAUUGCGAAGUUACGAGGGAAGGGCCGACCCAAAAAGAAAAGAACGGCUGCAGAGUCGCGGUCAGCGAAAAAGAAGAAAUAGAUUCCCCGUGGCAAGUAAUGUUGAACAGAUAGUUUUAUUGCAAAGGGUUAUCCACUAUGCUGUGCGAUAUGGCCUAUAUCGAAGCCAUUGGAUUAGUGCUCCCUUCAAGCUUAUCCGGUUUCAUGUUUUCUUCAUUACUGUUUUUCCUUGUUUUCUACAUUCUGGGUCUGUACAUUAUAAGAGUUAGAUAAAUCGAACA